UAUAUUUUGCGUAUUGGAGGGGUGGUUUGCCGUUGCACGUUUACCACUUCCAAUUCCCCAUAUGCAUAUGUUAACGGGAGACGCAAAAGUUUUUUUUUUUUCGCUACGGAAUCGUACGAUAUGAAGGCACAAAUUGUAUUUGCAGUCUAUUUCGUUAUACCAUGGCACAUGUAUCGAGGAUUUGUGAAAUCUCUAAGCAGUGGAUCAAUCGCACAUGAUACUUCAAGUUGCUGUCGAACACCAACUGUUAACUCAAAAUAAAAAAUAAAAAUAUAUUAGUAUUUGGCAAGAUAAUCAGAACCAAAACCGAAAUCAGGCACGACGCUAAUAUCAGACACGCUCUUCUGCUCGCUUUUAUAACCUUAAAUGUCAAAAAUUAAUUGUGAAUAACCGCAUAACUUACAGGGUAAGUCAUACAGCGUUAUUCAGAACUGAAAAGUAUUCUCUGUGUUAAUGCGUAACACGUCGGUGAAUCUGUCGGCGAAAAAAUGCCCGCCUCGGGCAACCUCCGCAUUAAAAAGAUGGCCGCUUCUAGUGACGAAAUUUGCACGAUCUUGCUAGUACACUCCAAUCUUGCGUUGCUCACUCGAAGUGGAGUUGUGCGUCCAGUGCAGCAUCUAAAGCCGUUCGUUUCGCGAUGAAAGUGUGAGCCUCGAGUUAUUCACCUGCAGGCCACUGACGCCAAAGUGCGCGAUCUUUCGCAAUGGACUCCGAAGUGUCAACAACAACCGCAACCCAGCCACCACCACAGGUUGAAGAAGACGCGACGACGGCCGCAGACAGCAGUGCGCCCGCACAGAGCGACAAUGGAGCCGUCAGUUCGUCAUCCGCGAGUGACAGCAACCCGGAGCCGAUGCAAACCGACGGCGAAUGCGAGGAGGGCGCGGAUGCUUCCGAGGUGUCGUCGUCCAAAACGGAGGCUCCCUGCCGCCCGUCGUUCAAAAUGCCGCUGAUCGGCCCCAGGCCGGGGAAGCAGAAGGUGCUGAAGACGGGCAUCACACCUCUACCGCAGUGCAUCGAACUGCCAGCCGCCUCCUCUUCGUCGGCUGGAAGUGGGGAGCCCCAAGCAAGCGCCGAGUCCACGACACCUGGUCCAAAACCGACGCCUACCGACGUGCCGUACGAGGAACCACCUUGGAGUGGUGUACCAAACCGAGAGUACAAUUUCCAAGUGCUCAAGGGAGGCGUCAUUGUGUCAAACUUUCCACUGGACAAGCCUUACCUUGUCAUCGGUCGAAAGGACGACUGCGACAUCGUUCUGGAGCACCCAUCCAUAUCACGCUACCACGCUGUGGUGCAGUUCAGGGCUGGGGAAUCAGGCACAUCAGGUUUCUACUUGUAUGACCUUGACAGCACACACGGCACAUCUGUGAACAAGCUUCAAGUGCGAGCACGUUCCUACAAGCGGCUCAGAGUUGGGUACCUGGUCAAGUUUGGUGGCAGCUCACGAAACUUCAUACUCGAGGGACCAGACGACGACCAGGAAGAUGAGUCUGACCUCACGGUGUCAGAAAUAAAGCAACUGCGCAAGAAGCAAGAAGAGGAAGCUCGACAGAAGGAAGCUGAAGCCAAGGCUAAAGCUGAAGCUGACAAGACCAAGGAAGAGGAAGGUGGCGUUGACUGGGGCUUGGGAGACGAUGCGGAAGAUGAAGAUCCCUCGUCUGAGAACCCAUUUGCAGUGGCAGGCAACAACGAAGACCUGUACAUAGAUGACCCCAAGAAGACUCUUCGAGGCUGGUUUGAACGCGAAGGCUAUGAACUACAGUACAAUGUGGAAGAGAAAGGCUACAGCCACUUUGUCUGCACUGUUGAGCUGCCCAUUGAUGCAGCAAACGGAGCCCCUGUCAUUGCCGAAGCAUCAGUGAAAGGCAAGAAGAAGGAGGCAGUCAUUGCAUGCGCACUCGAGGCAUGUCGCAUUCUGGACCAGCAUGGAGAGCUCCGGAAAGCCUGCCACGAGGCCCGUAAGCGGAAAGAGAAAAACUGGGAAGAGAAUGACUUUUACGACAGUGAUGAGGACACCUUCCUGGAUCGGACGGGCACCAUUGAGAAGAAGCGCGAGAUGCGGAAGAAGAUGGCGCGCAAGGAGGCUACAGAGGUCGACACAUACGACACCCUGGUGGAGAAACUGCGGAUCAUUGAGGAGCAAAUUGGACAAGUCCAGGCCAAGCUGGAGGAGAGCAAGAGGGCAUCCGAGCGAGCUGAGAGUGAAGCAGACGACUCACUGGAGGCAUUCAUGAGUGCACUCAAGUCUCGCUCGCUGGAGGACAAGACACAAAGGUCGAGGUGGCGACAGGAAUUGGCUGGACUGCUGCAGGAGCGGCUCAGGCUCACACGUCUUGCCAACAUUGCGAAGCCCGCCCACUUGCCACCACUUACUGGUGCUUUGCUAAAUCCACAAGCUAAAGGCGAGGCACAAGGAUCGAAGAAGGUCCUCCCAAUGACGGGAUCCCUGAAGAACAGGAAGAAACUGGUCAUGCCAGAGCCCGAGAGAAGGGUGGUCGCAUGCUCGUCUAGUCAAGAUGGAGAGGAAGAAGACGAAGAGGAGGACGACAAUGAACAAGGAGGAGAAAACGGGGCCGAAGCUGCCAGCAAAGCCAGUGAUGGUGCCAAGUCGGAGGAUGGAACCAGCCGCAACACGGACACAGUCAUGGACGAAACACCAGACAGCGGAACACCCUCAAGUCAAACGACAGAAGAGCAAGGAAAGACGGAUGGAGCAAAAUACGAAGACAAGUCCACAUCUCAAGCCAAGACUGAGGAGGCAGAGAAGAAGCCAGUCAUCAUUGGUCCAGAGAGGCCUCCCAUGGUGCUGGAGUUUGUCAAAAAGGCACCCAAGAUCAUUCGGACAACCGAGAAGAAGAACAAAGAGAGCCAGAAGAAGAAACACCCAUUUGAGAGUUCAGAUGACUACGUUGGAUGGCUUCCUCCAGAAGGCCAGUCUGGGGAUGGCAAGACACACCUCAACGCCAAGUAUGGGUACUAAGCCAGCGCCAGGUUGGAGAGGCAUGGUGGCUACAUCGUC